CGGAAGCGGCGGCCGUCAGCUGCGCCGGCUCCGGGUGGAGAAGCGGCGUUGAGUACCUUGGGGUUUGUGGGGCCGGCGAUGGAGCUAGACGCGCCAGUCGCGUGGCGGAGGUCGUCGCUUCUGCCGCGGCUGCUGCUGGUGCCGCUUCUCUGGUCGGGGCUGGCUCUGGGCGCGCUCGCCGUGGUCAGCAGCCCCCACAGGGUCCUCCACGACCUCCUCUCGGAGCAGCAGUUGCUGGAGGUGGAGGACUUGUCUCUGACCCUGCUGCAGGGCGGAAGGCUGGGGCCGCUGUCGCUACCCCCGGACCUGCCGGAUCUGGAUCCCGAGUGUCGGGAGCUGUUACUGGACUUCGCCAACAGCAGCGCAGAGCUGACCGGGUGCUUAGUGCGCAGCGCCCGGCCGGUGCGCCUCUGUCAGACCUGCUACCCUCUCUUCCAACAGGUCGCCAGCAAGAUGGACAACAUCAGUCGAGCCGUAGGGAAUACGUCAGAGAGUCAUAGUUGUGCCAGAAGCCUCUUAAUGGCAGAUAGAAUGCAAAUAGUUGUGAUUCUGUCAGAGUUUUUUAAUUCCACGUGGCAGAAGGCAAAUUGUGCAAAUUGUUUAACGAACACAAGCGAAGAGUUAUCAAAUAGCACGCUCAAUUUCCUCAGUCUAUUUAAUCAGACCUUGGCCUGCUUUGAGCAUUACCUUCAGGGGAGCAUACACAGUCUUAUGCAGUUAAGGAAUUAUUCAGAAGUUUGCAAAAACUGUCGUGAAGCAUACAAAACUCUGAGUAAUGUCUACAGUGAAAUGCAAAAAAUGAAUGAACUUGAAAAUAAGGCUGAAUCUGGAACACAUUUAUGCAUUGAUGUGGAAGAUGCAAUGAAUAUUACUCGAAAACUUUGGAGUCGAACUUUCAAUUGUUCGGUCCCUUGCAGUGACACAGUGCCUGUAAUUGCUGUUUCUGUCUUCAUUCUCUUUCUACCCGUUGUCUUCUACCUUAGUAGCUUUCUUCACUCGGAACAAAAGAAACGCAAACUCAUUCUACCCAAACGUCUCAAGUCCAGUGCCAGCUUUGCAAACAUUCAAGAAAAUUCAAACUGAAAUCUACAAAAUGGAGAAUUAACAUCCUAUUCCAUGGAUGAAUGGUGGAAGAUACAGUUUGGUCCAUAGAAGAUAAGCAAGUUCAAGUUCCUAAGAAAUGCAAGGACUUCAGAUUUAUUUUUAAAUAAGUAUUUUCAAUUUUUCUUUCCUUUUUUGUUCCUUUUUUAAGGGUUUGGGUAUUUUUAAUUUCCAGGCCUAGCAAUGUUGUCUAUUUUAAAGUGUAUUUGUUACAAUAACAAAAGAUGCAAGAACAAUCUUUGUUUUAUUUUGUAGGCAUAUUAUUACUAUUUGAGACUUCUGGUAUCUCCUUAUUAACAUAGUAUUUUAGUAGCAAAGUUUUUGAAAACUAACAUUUAAAAAUUAAUCAAUUAUAGGCAAAAUUUGAAAAAGAAAUAUGCUUGCUAAAAAAUAGCAGAUCCAAAGAUUAAUUUAAAUUACUCACUAUUGCAGUAUUAUUGUUUUAUAUUGACAUAUAUUGACAAAUGAUAUGUAGUUCAAUCUCUAGUUUCCUUUAAGUGAUUUUUGAAACUGCUAAUUAGAAACCUCCCUAACAAUUUUUAGAAGCAGGAAGGCACAUUACAUUUAUCCUUGUAAAAAGAUUUAUGGUAACUGGUUUCUUACUUAACUUUUAUAAACAGUAUUGUAUUUUACACCUCAUUUUUGCCUUUAUUUCAAAAAUAAUUUGAAAUCACUGGACUACGGUACUAUAUUCAGGGCAAGAUGGAUUCUUUUUCUACCAGGGAUUUGCAUUGUGAAUUACAUUAAGUUAUUUGGCAAUUUAUAAUUUAUUACUACUUUAAAUCAAAUGUAGCAUUAACACAAUAUAUAUUUAAGUUGUGGGGUUUUUUUUGAUGGAGAUUCUCUUGGGAUAUAUGGAGAUUUUUGGAGGGGAGAAAGGAGGAGUAAAAUAGAGACACGAGAGGAUGCUCACUAUGAGACUGUUGAAUGGUUCAUGUUGAGGGCAUGAGUUAAGAUGAGUCUGAUACAGAAAGCAGUUAGGUUAAGAUGCCUAGUUUUUCUAAAUUAUAUAAAUCAGAUAAAUGUGAUAUGACGGAAAUGAAGUCAGAUAUUUCACUAUCAGAAAGCAAAUUCUAUUUUGGAAUGUUUAUAUCAACGUUUUUUAAAAAAGAAAAAAAAGUUCAUUUCAGAAUUGUUCACAGUUUCUCCCCCUUCCCCCCCAGGUUUUUAGUGUUAGGUAUUUCAUUUGUUAAUUUCUUCUUGCUUUCUUGGUGGAAAUAGACUUUGUUCUAAAUGUUGAAAAUGUGAAGCCUGCUCUCUAUAGAAACAAGAGUUAGGUUAAAUAGUACAAGAGUUUUAAUCUCUUCAUAUAUAGUAAAAUGCUGUAUAAAGAGACAAGAAAGUGGUUUUAAUUCUUUUUUAAUGUUUAGUAUAUAUGCAGAGUUGAAAAAGAAGGCUUAUCUUUGGAUAUGUAACAUAUCCAAAAGCUGUUACAGUUUUUCUAGUCUGCUGUGAUGCAUUUAAAAUGUGCUGGGAUUUAUUCUACUGUCAUUGUUCAUGCUGCUGAUACUAAUAGCACUGUCUUGAUUUGAAGCAUAUAGUUGAGGGCCAUUGAAAGCAAUCUUUCAUUAAUGCAGAUAAAACCAGUUUACAUAUGCAAAGUUACAAAAUGGCAUAUUUGAAUCUGUAACUAGUGACUCUUUGAUCACCUUUCAAUGUUAUGUAUUUCUGAAAACCAUUGCUUUUGGGUAUGGUUGCUAAUAAGCACUUUAGAAAAGAAAAGACAGCCUUUGCUUUUUCUGGUUGAGUCAUUGCUCUUUUGACAUAGGAUCAGCAAUAGAUUUCAAAAAUAAGUAUUAAGCAUACACUGAAGUGUGUAAAUACUUCAUUUUUUAGUCAUAUUGAUAAAUUCUUUGCAUAGUUUUAAAUUCUGAGACACAUAGCAUAUAUGUGUGCAUAAGAACAUCUUUAGCUUUUUGGCACUUUGAAAUAAAGGAAGUAACUUAAAGAAA